AAAAAAAAAAAUCUGGCAUCACGAAAAAGUCAUUCAAGAUUCAUGUCCCGACCUUCAUGGUCAAUUCACCCGAUUCACCUGAGGCACCGUUAGCGCACCAGGGCCGUAGAAUAAUGGGAUACGAACUGUUUACGAACUGGUUGUCCCGACCAUAAAGCUCAUCUCACUGUCCGACUUGCAUGCAUCAGAUGGAUAUGAUUAUUGUGUUGGGUUUUUAACACUGUAGUUAUUCUCCACGUCCAGAAACAUCGUUUAUUGUACAUCUUAUCAGGGAUUCUGCACCUUGAGGGACGUUUGUUUGACCCGUUGAUAGGUUGUGGUGGUCGCAGAUGUUUCUGACCACAAAACCGAGGUGAAGGUGUCACCGGCGUGUGCUUCUAACUAGCUGUGAAGCCAGAGCUGCUGUUUCAGUCAGAAAAGCAAUGAAAUAAAAUGAAAACUCUGGGAAUGUGUAUGACUGUUAAGCAGCGUCCUGUGAGAUUUUAGUUUGCUUUGACUUUUAUUUAUGUGCAAACUUCUUAGAUGCAGCUACAGCUAAUUAACCGCAGAACCCUUUGCAUUCUCCCUGACACGCUAAAAAAAAAAAAAAAAAAGCUAGCAAAGGGAGAAGUCGCUCAGCCUUCGCAGUGCUGUCAUUCCCGCCUCAAACCCCUGGCGUGGUACCGAGGAAUGCGAGCAGCUCAUGUGCGGACCUGCACUAGUGUGUGGGGACAGCUGGAGCCGAGAGUGGAAGCAGGGGGAGGGUGGCUGCGUAUCCCGAGGGCUGGCGGGGAACGGCCGUGUCGCUAGCCCCCCUCCCCGCGGACGCCCAAGGCCCUUACCCACAUUUUGGAAAUCUGUCUUGUGGGAUGUUAACGGGAGGAAUGAUGACUGCUGUCGGACUGCUAAAGCACCUGGCAUGAAGGAGAUCGGCCUGUUGUGGUCUGUUUUUUUAGCAAUUAGCAAAAGGCUACAGGUAGUCCUGCAUGGUGGUUGAGGAAUCUGUGGGUUGCCAGAUGUUUUUAGGAAUUUUUAUUAGCCAUCUGGACUAGUGAUUUUUAGACACCCUUGCUUGCUUUUCACAAGACACACAUAUGCAGGGGUGGGGGCAAAUUCCCCAGCCAUGGCAACCUUCCAGGCACAGUUUCCAAUUCCUAACCACACUUGUUUCUUCGCCGAGGUGCUGCAUCUGUUUUGUUACUAGUUUAAAAAAUAAGGAACGGGAGCAGACAGGCAGUCGCUUUGAGGACGGAUGUCCUCAGGGUCCCAGCAACUGCUCACGCAAGCCGAGCUCUCCUCAAGCACUUAGUAUCGCAGAGCCUCACCCGGAAAUACUGAGGGUUCUCAGAACUGGCAGGAAGUGAGUGGAGUUUUGAGAGGCGAGACACUGGUAUAAAGACGAGAAGGUGGAACAUCAGCAGCGGCGGAGGCUGGGUCAUGGUGCGUCUCUCCCUUCUCUGCGUUCCUCCGUGCCAGAGUAACACAGAAAGGCAGAAAGGUCUCGGUGAAGAUCACCCAGCCUGUCACAGCCGACCCAACAUGGGGGCCGGUUCUGCUCAGCACAAAGACAAAACGUCAAAGUUUGCACGUUGGUGGAAGCAGUUCAAGCGGAUGCUGAACCGGGAGCUGACGCACCUGUCGGAGAUGAGCCGCUCCGGGAACCAGGUGUCCGAGUUCAUCUCCAACACCUUCCUCGACAAGCAGAACGACGUUGAGAUCCCGUCGCCAACACCAAAAACCCGGGAGAAGAAGAAGAAGCAGCAGCUCAUGACCCAGAUCAGCGGGGUGAAGAAGGUGACACACGGACCAAACCUCUCCAACUGCAGCAUCUCCCGCUUUGGGGUCAAAACUGACAAGGAGGACCUGCUCUCCAAGGAGCUAGAGAACCUCAACAGGUGGGGCCUCAACAUCUUCACGGUGUCUGAGUACUCCCAGAGCAGGCCCCUCACCUGCAUCAUGUAUGCCAUCUUUCAGGAGAGAGACCUUUUGAAGACGUUCAAGAUCCCUGCGGACACGUUUGUGACCUACAUGAUGACAUUAGAGGAUCACUAUCACUUGGACGUUGCCUACCACAACAGCCUGCAUGCCGCUGACGUCGCUCAGUCCACCCAUAUCCUGCUGUCCACACCUGCCCUGGAUGCUGUCUUCUCCGACCUCGAAAUCCUUGCUGCCAUUUUUGCCGCCGCCAUCCACGACGUGGACCACCCCGGGGUAUCCAAUCAGUUUUUAAUCAACACUAACUCAGAGCUGGCCCUCAUGUACAACGACGAGUCAGUACUGGAGAACCACCACCUUGCUGUGGGCUUCAAACUGCUGCAGGAGGAGAACUGCGACAUCUUCCAGAACCUCACCAAAAAGCAACGCCAGUCCCUCAGGAAGAUGGUCAUAGACAUGGUUUUGGCAACUGACAUGUCCAAGCAUAUGAGUCUGCUUGCGGACCUGAAGACUAUGGUUGAGACCAAGAAGGUGACGAGUUCUGGAGUACUGUUGCUGGACAACUAUACUGACAGGAUACAGGUUCUCCGUAACAUGGUUCACUGCGCAGACCUCAGCAACCCCACGAAAUCCCUGGAGCUGUACCGGCAGUGGACGGACCGCAUCAUGGAUGAGUUCUUCCACCAGGGUGACCGCGAGCGGGAACGGGGCAUGGAGAUCAGCCCCAUGUGCGACAAACACACAGCCUCUGUGGAGAAAUCCCAGGUGGGCUUCAUCGACUACAUCGUGCAUCCUCUGUGGGAGACAUGGGCAGACCUUGUGCACCCUGAUGCCCAGGACAUCCUGGACACGCUAGAGGACAACAGGAACUGGUACCAGAGCAUGAUUCCUCAGAGUCCCUCGCCACCUUUCUACGACCAGGGCAAGGACGGUCAUGGGGGUGGAGACAAGUUCCAGUUUGAGCUGACGCUGGAGGAGGAGGAUUCCGAGGGAACGGAGAAGGAAGGUGAGGGUGAGGCUCACUCCCCACUGGACUUCUGCGACAGCCAAGAUGCUGGAGGAGCUCUGCCGCCCACCCAUAUAGAGAUCGUGACGCAGGAAGCCUCACCCGUGGACACAUAGGUGUGGGCCGUAGUCCCAGCUCUUGCUGACGUCUUUUGUCCCCUGGGAGAAAUUCCCAUGGUCCUGCUUUUGAGGAGCCUCAGGGCUGGACUUUUGGCCAGAGGCGGCCAGCCGCCACCAUUCACCCCCCCACCCCCCCCGUCAUUGCCGCACUACUUCUCUGAGCCAGAAGUUGGGGGGGGGGGGGUUGGUUUUUGAGAUGAACGUUGAGGGAGCCCUCAGGCUGUCACUGAUAGGCACCUGAUAGAGUGGCCGGAUGUAGAGACGAAGGACGGGAUUCGGUCGUGAACGCUAGAUGGCCAAACGCCACGGCUCGGUCGCCAAAGUGAGAUUUUUGUACCAAGAGACAAAUUUUUGUCGGAAGAGGAACAUUGCGAAGUAGCACAUGGAUCUAAUGAGCAAAGGAUAUUUGUACAGAGAAAUGGUUUCACUAUUUCUGUAAAAUCUGUCUGAGGACCGUGUGCCUUUUUUACAACUGUCUUUUAGAUUUUUUUAUUUAUUGAACACGCUUUGUAAGUGAGAUGUUUUUUUACACCAGGAAGCUCAUCAGCGAAAUCCUUUUGUAAAAUCAGAAAAGAGAAUUCAGUCUUCCUACUGACUGAUAUUGGGCAAUAUCAGCUCUAUCGUACAGGCAUGGGAGUAAUUCAGCGGCAAAGAGACACCCACCAAGAUUUUCUUUCAGUUUUCAACGUAGUCACUACAUUGGAAUUGAAAGUCCCAUUUCAGAUGGAGCACAGGAUGUGUAACAUUUCAGUUAUGUGUACUGCCUGUUUGCUGAUCUAUGUGAAGAUGGAUGUGAAUACCGUAAGACUAAGACAUUUGCUGGGAUUCAUUAACAUUGUUUCAUUUUAUAGAUAUAUAGAGAAGACAUCAAUAUUAUUUUCACCCGAUUCAUUUUUCUCAUGAUUCCAACUCAAAUCUUGAUGAUGGGGGAAAAAAAAGCACUUUAGCAAUCUAAACACUGCUGCAUACAAUCGAGGACCUUGCAAUAUUUCUCACUAUUUAUUGAAACUGAAAGUUGACUGUUUUUAUCAUUAAUGUGAUGCUGAACAACACUCAAGGUGUAGUAGGUCUUCCCAGGUCCCUAUAGUCAGCUUUUCUCAGAAUGCGAGAAAAAAAUGUGAUCAUAUCCAUCAAAUCUCAUUUAUUUGUGAAUAAUUUGAGGCAAUACGAUGAACUAAUAAAGUCGGCAAAGACCAAUAGGCUGUUCUUUGGUUUUGAAAAGGGACAUUUGGCAGUUGAUGUCCUCAUGCAUGCCAUGCCUCUUUCUGCUUUCUCAUCAUCAAGGUUUGAUUGGCUGCAUCUAUAACUUCCCUUAAAGUCUGGUCAGAAGCAGCAAACUAUCUAAAUGCUACCAAACAAAGAUGCCAUCCGAACUAAACCAAAAAACAAUCACCUAAACGAAACCAAAAGCCCACCAUCUAAACUAGGUUGAAACUGGGAAAGCCGGAGUAAUUGGGCGUAGGUCAGCAUCCCAAAUCGCAUUUUGGCAGAUGGUAGGGAGUUUUGGGCCAGACUUCGGGGUGAAGUUUCCCGUCUCGUCAUUUCGCCGAUCAAGCCCGCUGUCGUGGGCGGAGGUACUGAAAUUGCGGCUCAGCCCGGCUGCCUUUGUCACGUGGCGUUUAAACUCAAUAAGACACAUCGCUUCAUGCCGCCUUGUGUGUGUGUGUGUGUGUGUGUGUGUGUGUGUGUGUGUGUGUGUGUGUGUGUGUGUGUGUGUGAGUGAGUGAGUGUGUGUGUGUGUGUGUGUGUGAGAGAGAGAGAGACUCUCUUUUCGAGUCCGCACCUCUGCUUUGCACCUGAACUCAUUUGUCCUUUACUGUUUAUAACAGUGUAUUUAUUUACCUUAGCUUGUAAAUACUAUAGUGUUCAUUGUAAAUGAAUUUUAAUUUAUAUGCACCGGCAUCGCCUCUGAUGGGUGAUGUUAGUGUGUAGAAUGUUCUGCGAGUCUUUUUAUUUAGGAAAAAUACACUUUUUCGAUUGUCUAUCCUGCACCAUACGAAAGGGGGUCCUGACCAUUCUGCUGAAAUUGGAAGGCGAAGUUAAUCACGUGAGAGGACAGUCACGUGGUUCGCGGAACACGUGGACGGUCCGGGUAGAGCUGUGUUCCUCAUUCUGGUUGCUAAAAUUCUUACGAUGCCGAUCUAAACUCCGACACUGCAGCACCUUCAGUAACGAUGGGAACAAUUUCAAGAGGCUGGAGCUUCCAUAAGUCUCUCGCUUCUGAGAAACACCACGGUUUUUGGAAGAAAAAAAAAAAGACGCUUGGCACGGAGUUACUUCCUGGCUGUAAGAAUGACUGCUGACGUGAACUCCGUAAAUUAUGAACAUGCAUAAUUCUUGUGCUGAAGUGGCGAAAGAAAAACAUCUUCUUUUGUUAUAUUCUUACUCAAACUGUCGGUAUAACUCUGUACUCCGUGUUAAAACUUUCGGUCCAAAUCGCGUCCCGGAUGGUUAACCAGAAGUAGUCAAAUCUGCAUGCCCAGUGGGUGUGUAUGUCUGUUAAAUACUGCAUUGUUUCAGGUGAAUAUUUAAUGUUUCACACAAUGUAUGGUAUAGUAUUGUAUAUUGUGUCCAGAAAAAUCAUAUACUUUUUCUAUGAACUGAUUAAAAAAGCAUGAAUACA